UGCAGGGUGUUUGUCCCGCACUCCUCGAGCCUGAAGCGGCAGGCGGGGCAUUGCACUCGUCAUCUUGGAGAGGCUCCCAACCGCUGGGCCCUGGGGAAAACCUGGGUGUCAAGGGUGUGGCCCGGGGCACCCACUUCUCCGGCCAUAAUGGGGGCCCCUGGCUGGAGUUGAUAAAGAGGGGAUCCCAGAAGGGAAGUUUCAGCCGGUCGAUGGGAGCACUGCAGCCGCAUCCAGUGGGAGUUAAUAGUUUUGUCUCCUUCCCGCCUGUGGAAGGCUUCACCCCGAAGCGACAAAAGGAUCCGAUCGCAGGGCUGGGCCUGGCUGGAAAGGGUCCUGGAGGGACUGAGUGGGAGCCGAGGGGCGGAGGGCGAGAGCCUGAGGGCCUUCCCCAGUUGGAGAGCCCGAGGCUCCAGCAGCUGCAGCCUGAGGUGCUGGCGGAUCCCACAAAGUCUGGCAGGGGUGUUGGGGCUUUUGGUCCUUCUCAGAAUUGCUGUGGGAAGGCGCUGACGGUGGUUUGGGGUCAGAGAGAUUGGGUGCUGUGUGAGGACGGGAAGAUGGCGACAGGUUCCCUCAGGGCAUUUACAUUCGGGAAGGGCGGGUCGCCAGGACCGCCGCCUCCUUCCCCUCUGAGGGGUGUGGGUGUAGAAAGUGCUCGGGCACGGUCAGGGGCCAGCCACAGCUGCCAGCAAUUCCGACCCCACGGCCUUGCUCAGUCCCCAAACCAGACGUCGGGUUGAGGAUACGGACAGGGCCUCUUCCCAGCACCCCCAGCAAUGCUGUUUGGAGGACCAGCGGGGAACAGUACAGCCUCCUGGGUCCUCGGGCUGCCGGGUAGGGGACCGUCCCCACCUGACAUCUCGUACGACGACUGUGCACAGUCCUGAUGGGAAGGAAGGAGGGAUAGAGAGACUGAACCUCAGCAUGCACAUCUGCCUCCCUUUCAGCAAUCCAAUUAACUCCAUCGUCAAAUGUCCUUUUUCUGGCUAUUUUCAGUUUCACCACCAGUGCAGAAAAAGUGAAAGAAAAAAAAAGGUCAGUGGGUUUUUAUGUCUUUGUUUAAGGGAUUGCACCUCAAGAAGGAGAAGUGAAGUGAGAGGCUGCCCGCGGAGGAGGUGGGGGUUGGGCAGGAGCUCCCUGAGCGGCCGGCGUCCCCAGUGCGGGGCUCACCAGAGCCAAGUGUUUGCUGCUGGCUUGUUACCUGUUUAGUCUUUACGAGGAUCUUUAUGAUUCCCUUACAAGGAGUGCAUGUGAAAAACCCACAGAAUCCCAGUUUUCGGUACUAGACGGGGUCUUAGAGAGUGUCUGCUUUCCCAUUUUCUGGUGAGAUGCUGUCAGAAGGGUGAGACUUGCACUAGGGGGUUUGAGACAGAUCCAGGGCACACCCUGUGUGCAGAAUUCUGCACGGUUGCCCGAGAGGGUGCUUGAGACACGGGCACCCUGUCCUCAGUGGUACGGUCUAGGCUUUGAACACUAACUCUGCUGUGGACGGAGCUUCUUAGCAUCUCUGCACUUUAGAUUCCUUGAAAUACGGUUGGUAAUUAUGACCUUCCGGGGCUGCGCUGACACAGAGCUGGGCUUUGAUAAUUCUCGGUGUUCCCUGACCAGAUACGGGACCUGUUGCUGCUCACUCCCCGUCUGGUGAUGGGUUUUGUUUCUCUCUGACCUCAGGUUCAGAGAGGUGGGCACUGGCCAGGGGCUGAGGCAGGGCAGACAGGAGGCAGAUGUCUUCGUAGCCCCCACACCGGCAGCAGAGCCCCGGUAACCAGUCCCUGAGCCCUGUAGCCUGGGCUUUGAGGGACCAGAGGUGUGACUGCAGAACAAAACCAGGAGGAGCAGGUACAUUCGUCCCGGGAAGCCAUGCCAAACCUCAGGGAGGCCUCCGCACAGCCUCUCCGUCUGCACAGUGACCAGGACACACAGAGCCCCAGGAAGGGGUCCAGUCAGCCCUGGGGCCCAGGCCAGGAGUGGACAAAGCCGGAAGCAGACACCGCGGAAGAGAAGCUGCUCCUGCAGGUGGAUGAGGCAGUGCGGUGGGAAGCCGUGGAGAGAGAGUGCUGGUGGGAGGCAUGGCUGGAGAAGCCAGUCACCUUUGACGAUGUGGCCGUGAAUUUCACGCAGGAAGAGUGGGUGUGUCUAGACGCCAGUCAGAGGGUCCUGUACCAAAAUGUCAUGUCUGAGACAUUCAGAAACCUGAUGUCUGUGGCCCCAGUCAGAAUCUUUCUGUCUAACCCAGAUCUGAUCAUCGAGCUUGAACAAGAGGAAAAACAGUGGAGAGCAGAGCUCCAGCUCCAUCCCCCAAAUGGAGAAGGCCUCCCUUCAGGCGGCAGGAAGAAGGCACUUCAGGCUGGGAGGCUGCAAGACCACAAGGGGUCCCUUGCCUGUGGAGGGGCGGGCCCAGCCUCUGCUGCCGCGGGGGCCACGCACAGGGCCCCCGCGCUGCCCGCAUCCCAGGCCGGGCCACCCUUCCUGUGCUACCUGUGUGGACGGAGUUUCAGCAAGCGCUCCAACCUGCACAGUCACCAGUUUGUACACAGUCCCCACACGGUGAACAGCUGCGGCCAGUGUGGGAAGUGCUUCCGAAACCCCAGGGACCUCAGCUACCACAGGCGCACACAUCUCGGGGAGAGGCCUUUCUGCUGCCCGCUCUGUGACAAGACCUACUGUGACGCGUCGGGGCUGAGCCGUCACCGCCGUGUCCAUCUGGGUUACCGGCCCCAUUCCUGCCCCUGCUGUGGGAAGGGCUUCCGGGACCGGUCCGAGCUCAAACGCCACCAGAAGACACACCAAAACCAGGAGCUGGUGGCCAGAGACCAGAAGCACAUUGGGAGGAUUCCAGGUACUGGAUCUCAGGAGCGCACUGACAGGAGCCAGCGGUCCAGCCAGGGGCUUGUGGCUGUGACCCACGCCCUGGUGGCCAGGACCCGAGAACCCACCACUGGAACCAAGGGUCCUGUGGCUGAGGGCCAGCCACCUAUCGACAGGAAGCAGGUGGUCCCUGUGAGACGGUGGGCAUCAGCCAGUGCAGCCCCGGGGCCUGGGACCAGGACACAGACACCCAACACGAGAGCCCCCUCCCUGGACACCAGGCCCCACUGUCCCCCAGCAAAGCCCUCAAGACUCAAGGUCUUCUCUUGCCCCCAUUGCCCUUUGACCUUCAGCAAGAAAGCCUGUCUCUCUAGCCAUCAGAAGGCCCACCUCUUGGAGCAGCCCAGCGGCUGCUUCCGCUGUGGCAAGUCCUUUAGUUCAUUGUCGGGGCUGGCCAAACACCAGCAGAUGCACUGGAGGCAGAAGAUCUACCGUUGCCCCGUGUGUGAUGUCUGCUUUGGGGACAAGGAGGGCCUCAUGGGUCACUGGGGGGGCUCCAAAAGCAAGGACCUGUGUCUGGGCAACCUGCAGGCGUGCUGGGCCAUCCUGGGCCAAUGGCUCGGCUUCUUUCACCAUGCCCCCCCUUUGUCAGGGAAGGACGUGGAUCUGCCCCAGGAUCCAGGCUCCCAGGAGAGGGCAGGGAGGGCGGGGAGAAGGCACCGGAGGGGGGAGAGCAAAGGAGGCCACAAUACACAAAGAAGCGGCCUUUCUGACUGAGGUCUUCUUCGGCUUGCUUUUCCUACGGCCUGGCCUGCAGGCUCGGGGGACCGGAUGGACCUGCAGGCUCGGGGGACCGGAUGGACCUGCAGGCUCGGGGAAGAGAGGGGAGGGGUGGUGAGGGAAAUGCCGAAGGACAGGCAUGAGAAGUGGCACACGGAAACUCGUAUUGUUAUUAAUUAGCACCUGCCUUGUUUCUUUGUGUCUGGUAGACCAUCAAGUAGUAAUUGCUGAAGAAAUCAGUGGCUGCUCCGAUAGGGGAUAACACGAGAGGAGGGAAGGGCUCUGGGGGACCCGUCCCUGCAGGAGGUGGAGGCCAGUGUGACGCACGCUCCGCUGCCCUCGCCGCUCCGCAGGGCCAGAUGGUGCUCCAGCCCGUGGCCUCACCUGCAGCUCACUCAGGGCCAAGGGUUCGCACUCCCCCUGCUCCUUCCCUUCAACGCUCCCCGCCUCUCCGCUCUGCCCCCCAGGAUGGACUGCAUCGAAGAGGCGAAUUCACAACAGGGAGGCUGCUGGUCUCAGUCCUGCCUCUGUCACUGUCCAGCACAGGUGUCUCGUCAGAGAGAGGGACACCUGCCUGGCCACGGCCAGAGGCGGCUUCCAGAUGGAGCGAGGAGAGAGGACAGAUGUGGGUAGCCAAACAGGGAAAAGGAAAGGUAGAUGACGAAGAGGACUCGGUCCCAUUUGGAAUCCAGAGCAUUCCUGGAAAUGCAGAUUGGAUGUCCUGGUGGUGAGGAGGCCAGUGAGGGCACACCGCGGGGGAUGCCACACCCUGAGGGUCGGUGCUUGGACCAACCAGGCUGUCCUCCACCUUUGCCAAGAUGCAGCAUCACUCAGAAGGGGUUUCCUAGAGGGAGGAGAAAAUAACCUGAAAAAUCUGUCAGUACCAAGCCAUUAAUCCAGGGAGAGGAAAGGCCCACCGGGGGUCCCCUUGCCUCUGCUGCACCUGCCUCAGCAGCUGGUGUUGGAGGUGAGGCCCAGGGCAGCUGCUGGAGGGUUGGGAAGGGACCCCAGCAGAGCACGUUGGAGUGCCCUCUGCCUCCGGGGCCAGGCUCUCUCCAGCUGGACAGCU